GUACGAGGUGUAGCGCUCUGAAUGAAUGAAUGUGAACGAGAGACAGUAACGUGGAGAGCGCAGUUGUCCAGAGAUUUGAGAGACCCUACCUACAUUAACUCAUGAAGGCCCGGCAAUCCCUGACUCUGAAAAUUGACCCCAGAACUACUGCUAGAAAAAGCUGCAAAAAACAGCGUGAGGUGUUUCGACGGAAAGAUACUUUGUAGAACGGAAAGCCUACGGUAGCGACGUCUCUCUCUUGUAGAUGAUUCACAGUGAACAUACCAAUAAGUAGAACAACAGUAAGUUUUUAUCUGCUGCUCGAUCAGAAACAAAAUGGCUGCAGCACCAUUAACCGAGCGCGAGCAGAAGGUCUACCUCGCGAAGCUGUGCGAACAAGCUGAGAGGUAGAUGAACCUUAAUGACGGUAUGACUCAUCGUCGCCGCAAGCGGCUCUCUCAAUCUGCGACCGAUCCCUUAAGUCAGUAUGUGUCUGAACCGGUCAGGGUUACUUGCGAGUCACCUGCCGGUUUAUUGAGUAAACCAGCAAUGAUUCGAUAGUCAGGCACAGAACCACCAUUGAUUCUACUUCAGGUACGACGAAAUGUCAACGUACAUGCGAGAGGUUGGCGAGAUGGAAGAGGAACUGAAUGCCGAAGAGCGCAACUUGCUUUCGGUGUCUUAUAAGAAUUUAUGGCACUAAUGAUUCAUAUGUUGCUAUUGUAGAAGUGCGUCUUUGUUGUUAUAGCGAAGUGUGCUUUCGAUUGGCUUCAGUCGAAAGCACAACGAGUAGCGUACCAAGUGGAACGACUACUUUUCGACGAUGAAUGACGCUGAUACUCGAAGCUGCUAUAUUUUCAUACACAACAGUGUGCGUGACACGAGGACUCCCACUCUUGUACUCGUUCACUCGGAAAUCCCUUCCUUUGGAAAAGCUGUUUUGAACUUCGUGAAGGACUCUAAUCCCCAGCGUCGGCUACAGAAGGGCGGCUUGGAGAGUAGUCAACUCCUUGGAGCAGAAGGAGCGAGCACGUGGCAAUUUCGACAAUGCGGCAGCGGCGGAGCAAUACAAGAAAAAAGUACUCAUCUCUGCUGCUUUGUUGAACGAACAGCUAGAGGAAGCUAGAAGCUAGUGAUCAAAUCCUUCUCUCUGUGUGUGUCUCUCUGUGUGUGUGUCUCUCUGUGUGUGUGUCUCUCUCUCCCUCUCUCUCUCGUGACCUUUGAACACAUCGCCCCAAUAUCAACAUACCUUUGAGUACAUCGCCGGAAUAACAACAUGAACCCCUCUAAAGAAAUAUCACCUAUUCAAGGCAUAGGAGAGAAACGUCAACCGCUUGUGAAAACCUGAAAACCUUCACUCCAGAUAGAAAACGAGUUGGCGAAAAUCUGUGACGAGAUAUUGAAGUUGAUUCGCAUGUCACUUCUAGCCAAGUCAAGCACGGGUGAAGACAAAGUCUUUUAUCUUAAGAUGAAGGGAGAUUACUACCGCUACAAGGCAGAGUUUGAGCCGAAUGAGCAGAAUCUCAAGAACCAGGCACAGGGAGCGUACGUUAUACUAUAAUUCCAUCUUCACUCAGUACUACUGAGAAUUAAAAGCUUUGAUUUAUGGGAACGAUGUCCGUGAUUUGAUUUGUGAGGAUCUACCGAGGAUCGUAUGUCAGAAAAAAAAUUGUUGACAUCGGAUAGCGCGUCACGACCCUCUUUUUGAUCCUUGUCUACGAAAUCUAACCGCAGGUACGCCGAAGCAAUGACACUGGCACAAGCGGAAUUGGUAACGACCAGUCCGAUUCGACUUGGCCUCGCGUUGAACUUUUCGGUCUUCUAUUUUAUGGCUCUAAACCUAAAGAAGCAGUAUCGAUCACAGAUAUUGUAUCGUCCUGCCGGUAGGUAUGGAGAACUGGUCGGGAUGCCAAUCAAACAAACAGAUAUCGCGAAGCGAGUAUCAAUAAGUUUUAGCUUUCCAUCUUUCGUUUCUUCUUUUCAUCACCGCCGGCACUUUUCAUCUCUCACCAAGAGGAUCCUAUUCUAUUCAACCCCCCCCCUUCUAACAUGCACGAAGUUUUAAAUCGAAGCGACGAGGCAUGUAAAUUGGCAAGACAGGCAUUCGAAGACGCUAUCGCGGAGUUGGACUCGGUGGCGGAGGAUGUGUAUAAAGACGCUACCCUAAUCAUGCAAUUGCUUCGUGAUAACCUCACCUUGUGGACCUCCGAUGAACAGGGAGCUUUGUAGUGGACAGGGCCGUAUGUUGGAGGUUCAAAUCGUUUCGAUUUACAAUUAUUUCUGUCACUGGGACGCAAUUACAGAUCGCACGAAUACUUCAACAGACAAGCAUUCUAGUUUCGUAGUUUUUUUGUUAAGCUUCAAUCACUAUCACGCAUUCAAGGCAACAUGUCAAUAUGUUAUUGGGAGCACGACGGAGUCGGAGAAAAGAGACGUCCGUGACAGACGACGUGCGCGAUGUUACAAGACCAAAGAACGACGCAAAGUUAGUUCAACUUACAGAAAAGCAAAAGGCAUUCAUUUUUAU